AUGGCACAAGUCUCCAAAAUCUAUUACCAACUUCGCUAUAUGCUCAGACUACGCGAGUGGGGGACAGAAGAUGUGGCACGGUUCGUCUUCGAUGCGGAUGAGCAGCUGGCAAACCUCAUCACCGACCUACCCUCCUAUCUCCAAUUCGAUGAGAAACCGACGACUUUGACCGAAGAACGAGAUCGCCAAUAUCCCUUCAUCCCGUGGCAGAAGAAGAGCUUGGCAAAGGUUCUUCUUUACUAUCGAAUGGCAAUCAGCAGUCAGCUUCAAGAACAUUGGCUAGACGGUUCGACUGACGGGGCUCGGACGCGAGCUAUCUGCAUGUCCUCGGCUCGAGGGCUAAUUCACUCGACACUUAGGGAGACUGUGGAUGCAUCUAAACUGCGACCCUGGGCAAUCACCAUGAAUAUCUUCGCUGCAUCAGCGGUCCUAGCACUCGAAUCUCUGCAUACGGAGGAGGACUUCUCUACUGAAAUACAACAAGGUCUGGAUUUCCUGGAGAGAGUCCAGGCCCAGAACCUCGUCGCCGAGAAAGCAGUAAAGUUCUUAAAAGAGAUGACUUAG